AUGCCGAGCAGGAAAACAAGAGCCCUUCCAAGGUUUGACACCAAUAGACUACUGAACAAUAACAACUUUGUAGCAGACACGGGAUUCACGCACAUCCCGGAAAUCAAUGGAAGCCUGACUCGAAUUCAGGGAAAUGUCGCCAUUAAAUCGGUUAUAAGACAAAUUCCAGAUUUUAUAGCAAUGAAUCCAUAUGCAAUGUUUAGACAUGUUGAUGACAAUGAUAAUGUUUUCGUGGAAAUGCCCUCAGAUCCUGUUUAUGAAGAGCUGCGGGUUGAUAUAAAUGGCAAGGAUUUUCAAUCCGAUCGCGGGUCAUCUGUUCCUCAUCGAAAACUGCCCCGACAUCGAACCCCUCGCAUACAAAAUAAACAGAGACACUCAAAGGAGCAAUUCCAGAAUUAUACAAAAGUUUACAGCCACCAGAAUGGUAAAACAGAGUACCUCAAUAAUGGAUACAUACAUCUUAAUGACUUCAGUGCAGAAAAGUCUAGUCAACAGGGACGAUCACUUGACGAAAUACCUGCUCAGAACCGUCAACAAUUACUUCCCAUUAAAAAGGUUCCCGCACCAAGGACUUCUGAUUCACCAGUGUCAACUUGUUCACAGAAACUGUCUGAGCCCUCUUACUGCAGCUCGAUAUCAGAAAUUGGCAUCAAGAGUGGCUAUCAAGAUGUAUCAAGUAAACAAAACCAUGUUGUAGUAUAUGAAGAUUUUGGAGAAUAUAUUGAGAUGACAUCUCCAAUGUCAGUACAGAAAGAAAACACCCUAAGACGUUUACCAAUAGAAAAGAGAGAGAUCUUAAGAAAACAGCGGCCUAAAGAAUCCGGAUUCGCAGUACAGUAUUACGUACAACAGUUAAAGACGGUCAUACAGACACCAACGCUAGAGUCACUGACCCCGCUCACUGAACUACUGCGGCAACUAAAAACAGACCUGAAGAAUUCCCCUGCCAGCUUCAUCCAAGAGUUUAUAUUUUCCCCAAAUGAUGGUAUUGCGAUAUUAGCUGAUGUGUUAAAUGUGCUCACACAGGACACCUCUCUCGAUUCGCUCUCAGUAAGCAGCAACAUGAAAAGAGCUUCGACCGAAGAGCUAAACUGUCUCCUCUGCAUCAAGUUUGCGUGUAAAGUCAAGACUGAAUGUAUGAAGUUUUUGAAUAAGUUGGUAUCUAUGACAGAGGGAGCAAAUGCCAUAAUAUUCCUGCAACAAGAGAUGACACAUGCAGGAUUUGACGUAGAUGCCUUACAAAAGAAUGCAAUAGGAGAUGGGUAUGAAUUUGAUGCACUUCAAACUGAAAUUGAUCAAUGGAAGAAGCAUUAUAUGAAUGUAGACACGAUCCAAGUUGAUCUGAUGACUAUGGAAGGCAGAAGCAAACUUCUAAGAGAUGAAGUAAAUCUGCUGCAGAAGAAACUAAAGACAGCAGAAAAAAAGAUCGCAACGAUAGAGAAAUCUAAUAAGGAGGUAACACAAAAGAACGCCAAAUGGCAAAACAGAGCAUCAGAACUUCAAAGCACAGUGGAACGUCUACAGAAACUAUACGAUGAGAAAGCCGGUGGUCAGAAACAACGAGAAGUCAAGGAACUGGUAGAUAAUGCGAUGAAACCAAUUUACAUUGAUAUAGAACACGAGGGCACUGGUGAAUCAUCAGAGACUCUCUCAAAUGCUGGCACUCUUUCUCGCAAACGUUUUUUACAACCACCUCCUGUUCCUCCCAUAGUCCCACCACCGUCGAACAGUACUAAGGUCAUUAAUCCUAAAGUUAAUCUCCCGAUGCUAAACUGGAGCCCUAUUUACCAUCCUGGUAAUACGAUGUUUAAGAAACAUACAGAUGAACAGAUCCUUGAGGAGGUUAACUUUGAUGAGUUUGAAGCGGAGUUUCAAAUCGCUGAAUUAAGUAGCAUUUCAAAAGCUAAGAGAGACCAAGUCCUCAAGAGAAAUUCAGGAAAUAUAACAUUUGUGGAAACUGACAGAGCAAGGAAUCUACUUAUAACAAGAAGAAUCAUUGAGUUCCCACUUGAGAGAAUUGCGGAGUAUUUGGAUAAAUGUGACAUCCAAAAGAUUUCUGGCGAUUGUGCUGAACUGUUAUUGAAAUAUGUACCAACACAGGAAGAGCGUAAAGCUUUGGUGAGACAUAGUAAAGACUAUGCAAAGUUUGGUGAAGCAGAACUUUACAUUCAUGAAAUGAGCAAAAUUGAGAGGCUGGAGUCUAAACUGGGAGUAAUGGGAUUUAUGGGAAAGUUUGAGGAGCUGAUAACCACAGUAACAUCACAAAUUGAGGCAGUGACAGUAGGAUCUGCUUCUGUCUAUAAAAGUAGGAAACUUGUCAAAUUGUUUCAGAUUAUCCUUGCGUUUGGCAACUACAUGAACAGCAGUAAGAGGGGAUAUGCCAGCGGAUUCAAACUGGAUUCCUUGCCGAAAAACUGUCACAAAGAUAAUCAAACUAGAGACAGUUUACCAGUAGUGGCAUUGUCACGAAAACUACGGCCCAGUACUACACGACGUGUAAAAUUAUUGGGAGCUAACACACGACAACCGCUUGUGACAAAAGAAAGUCUUUUACAAGCCAUAUCCAACCUGAAGCAAACAAGAUCCCAGACUAUAAAUACAACAGAGCCAAUGCAUAUGCAGAUACCAAUGAAGAGAGCAAGCACAAUGGAGGAAGAGAGGCUUCUUGUCAUUGAAAAUGAAGAAGUAGAAAAGAAGAAUAGAAAGAAGAAAGCGAAGGAAGGAAAUAUGCUUGGUUUCGGUAAGACUUUAAACGUACUAGGCGAUGUUAAAUAUGUGAGGAAAGAGGCAGAAGACAAAGACGACAAAAAAGACACAAAUAAUAAGAAAGAAAAGAAAAAGAAGAAUGUGUUGAAAUCAUGGGGAAAAAUUGGAGUUGACGAAAAAGAACAAAUUAACAAAAAGAAGGGCAAAAAGAGUAACCUGUCUAGUUUUGGUAAAGCUUUAAACACAGUAAGAGACGUAAAAAAUGUGGACGACGUUUUAUUAGACGAUGAAGGAGGAAAAGAAGAUGAUGUAAAUGAAGAGGAACAAAAAGAAACAGAAGAGAAACACAAUCAACAGGGGAAACAUAGCUCAACAAAGCUCGAGAAAAAGAAGAAAAACAAAAAUAAGAAAAAGAACAAGAGAGAAGAGAACAAAAAGGAGAAGAAAAAAAGAAAGAUUAAAAAAAGGAGAAAGGCAGAGAGAGAGAAAGAUGCGGGGGAUGAAGAGGAAGAAACAGAUGAAGAUGAGGAGAUAGAAAGUGUCGAAAACACAGAUGGAGAGGAGCAAGAAAAAGAUAACAACGAAAAAGUUGAAGACAGUGAGGAAGAUGAUAAUAAGAAAGAAGACGAAGAGGAAGCUUUAAACGUAGUAAGAGACGUAAUAGAUGUGGUUCAUGUCGUACUAGGCGACAAUGCAGGGAAGAAGAAAAAGAGGAAGGUGAAGAGUGGGAAGACAAAGCAGAAAAUGAAGAGGAUAAGGAGGAGGACAAAGAGAAAGAAAGAGGAUGAAGAAGAGGAGGAAGACAAAGAGGACUAUGAUUACGAAAAUGAGGAGGAGGAAGAUGACGAAGACGAUGAAGAAGACACAGAAGAAGAUGAGGAGGAAGGCGAAGAGAAAGAAAAUACAAAAGAGGAUGCGGACGACAAAGAGGAGGAUGAGGAAGGCAUAGAGGAAGAUGAAGAUGAUGAGGAAAAAGAUGAAGACGAGGAAGCUGAAGAAAGCACAGAUGAAGAUAGUGACGAGACGGAGGAGGGCACAGAGGAAGAAAACACACAGCAAGAAGAGGACGAGAAAGAGGAGGAUGAGGAAGGCAUAGAGGAAGAUGAUGAGGAAAAAGAUGAUGAUGAUGUAGACGAAGAAGCUGAAGAAGACACAGAUAAAGAUAGUGACGAGACGGAGGAAGGCACAGAGGAAGAAAACACAGAGCAAGAAGAGGACGAGAAAGAGGAGGAUGAGGAAGUCAUAAAGGAAGAUGAUGAGGAAAAAGAUGAUGAUGAUGAUGAAGACGAAGAAGCUGAAGAAGACGGAGGUGAAGAUAGUGACGAGACGGAGGAAGGCACAGAGGAAGAAAACACAGAGCAAGAAGAGGACGACAAGGAGGAGGAUGAGAAAGGAAUGGAGGAAGAUGAAGAUGAUGAGGAAAAAGAUGAAGAUGAUGAAGACAAAGAAGCUGAAGAAGACACAGAUGAAGAUAGUGACGAGACGGAGGAAGGCACAGAGGAAGAAAACACAGAGCAAGAAGAGGACGAGAAAGAAGAGGAUGAGGAAGGCAUAGAGGAAGAUGAAGAUGAUGAGGAAAAAGAUGAUGAUGAUGAUGAAGACGAAGAAGCUGAAGAAGACGCAGAUGAAGAUAGUGACGAGACGGAGGAAGGCACAGAGGAAGAAAACACAGAGCAAGAAGAGGACGACAAGGAGGAGGAUGAGGAAGGCAUAGAGGAAGAUGAGGAAAAAGAUGAUGAUGAUGAAGACGAAGAAGUUGAAGAAGACGCAGAUGAAGAUAGUGACGAGAAGGAGGAAGGCACAGAGGAAGAAAACAUAGAGCAAGAAGAGGACAACAAAGAGGAGGAUGAGGAAGGCAUAGAGGAAGAUGAUGAUGAUGAUGAGGAAAAAGAGGAAGAUGAAGACAAAGAAGCUGACACAGAUGAAGAUGAUGACACAGAAAGCACAGAGGAAGAAAACACAGAACAAGGGAAGGACGACAAAGAGGAGGAGGAGGAGGAAGAAGAAGAAGAUGAUGAAGACGAACCAGCUCAAGAAGACACAUAUAAAGAUGAUGACGAGACGGAGGAAGGUACAGAGGAAGAAAACACAGAGCAAGAAGAGGAUGACAAAGAGGAGGAUGUGGAAGGCAUAGAGGAAGAUGAUAAGGAAAAAGAUGAAUAUGAUCAAGAGGAAGAAGCUGGAGAUGAAGACGAUAAAGAGGAAGGCACAGAGGAAGAAAACAUUGAGGAAGAGGAGGAAGACAAAGACCCGCAUGAGGAAUAUUUAGAUGAUGAAGAAAAACAAGAGGAGGAAGACAAAGAGGAAGAUGAUGAUGAAAAGGAUGAGAAAGAAGAUGACAGUGCGGAAGAGGAGAGGGAAGAUGAAGAAUACACUGGGGAGUUUGUAGAGGAAAAAGAUGAGGAAGACGGAUAUGAGGAAGGCAUAGGGGAAGAACAAAAGAGGGAAGAUGAAGAAUAUACAGAGGAACUUGAAGAGCUGAAAAAUGAAGGGGAUGAGGAUGACAGACAUGAGGAGGAAGACAUAGAGGAGCAAGAUGACGAGGAAAAGAAAGACAAUGAGGAACAUAAUGAAGAUGAGGAGGGCAUUGAAGACAAAGAGGAAUACGAGGAGGAAGAGGAGGAGAUAGACCAAGAUGAAAAUGACUGA